GGCGAAAGGUCAAAAAAACUCAACGCGAACCUGAUACAGACGCGGCCAGAUAUACUUCUCCAUAUUAAUGUUCAUAUACAUUCGCAAAUGACCGUCAUAACACCGACGAAUUUCGGCCAAAGUUUCUCUCUCGCAAACGACCAACAUCCACAAAUAAUUCUCUCACAGACCGAAAGAAGAGAAAAAUGGCAGACGCCACUCUCUACGCGAUCAUCGUCUCUUUGGUCUCUCUGAUCAUCCUCUACUCCUUCCUAACAAGAAAACCCAAGAACCUCCCGCCGGGCCCGCCUUCUCUCCCCAUCAUCGGCCACCUCCAUCUCUUGAAAUUCCCCUUUCAUAGGACCCUCUGCAACCUCUCCAACAAGUAUGGCCCGAUCGUAUCCCUCUGGUUCGGAGUCCGCCACUUUGUAGUCGUGUCGUCCCUGCCGUUGGCCGAGGAGUGCUUCACCAAGAACGAUAUUGUGCUCGCCAACCGCCCCAGGCUGUUCAUCAGCAAGCACCUCGCCUAUGACAAUAGCACGCUCAUCCUCCUGCCCUAUGGGGCUGAAUGGCGCAACCUCCGCAAAAUUGCCACCAUCGAAGUCCUCUCCACGCAUCGCCUCAACGUCCUCUCGCGCAUCCGGAGGGACGAGGCCAAACGGCUGAUUCUCCGGUUGGCUAGGAACGGGUCAGGGGACUUCCACCUCGUUGAGCUGAAGACCCUCUUCACGGAACUGACGUUCAAUGUCAUCAUGAGGAUGAUCUCGGGGAAGCGGUACUACGGGGAAGGCGUGAGUGUUGACGAAGCUGAGGCGAGGGAGUCCAGGGAGCUGAUCAAGCAGAUUCAUUUGAGUGGCAGCACGAGCUAUUUGGGCGAUUUCUUGCCCAUAUUGAAGUGGAUCGAUCCCAGAGGGAUAAAGAAGACGGUGGCGGAACUAGGGAAGAGGGUCGAUACGUUCGUUCAGGGUUUAGUCGACGAGCACAGGAGAAGGAAGGGUGAUCCGGAGUUGGCGGACAGUAUGAUCAGCCAUCUUUUGCGUCUGCAAGAAUCUGAGCCGGAGAACUACUCGGACUUGAUGAUCAAAGGGCUCGUCAAUGUUAUGUUAGUGGCAGGAACAGACACGUCAUCUGUUACGUUAGAAUGGGCCAUGACCAAUUUAUUGAACAACCUAGACAAGAUGGAGAAGGCCCGAGCAGAGAUCGAUUCGGUCAUCGGCCAUGAUCGCUUGAUGGAAGAGUCGGAUGUUUCAAAGCUACCUUACCUUCAAUGCAUCAUCUCCGAGACAUUACGCCUAAACACAACGGUCCCACUUCUCGUCCCGCACGAGUCAUCAGCUGAUUGCACCAUGGGGGGAUACCUUGUGCCGCGUGGUACCAUAGUGUUUGUGAAUGCAUGGGCCAUUCACAGAGAUCCAAAGCUGUGGGAGGACCCUACGACCUUCAGGCCAGAGAGAUUUGAGGGUAGUGAUGGCGAAAAAUGUCAAAAGCUAAUACUACCGUUCGGGUUAGGACGAAGGGCCUGUCCUGGCGCAUCCUUGGCUCAACGGGUCAUGGGGUUAACAUUGGGCUUAUUGAUUCAAUGCUUUGACUGGGAAAGAGUAAGUGAAGAGGAGAUUGACAUGACCGAAGGCAAAGGAACCACCAUGCCAAAAUUAGUGCCGUUGGAAUCAAUGUGUAGAGUACGGCCUCUAUUGGAGAAACUCAUUCCUAAAUAUUAAGGGUUUGUUUGCUUCAGCUCUGUAAUGGGUGUUGGGUGUAAUUCAAAUACUAAAAGUCAAGGCUAUUUGGGGAAAUGCAAAUUGUGUUUAGUUAA